CUCCGCGCGCCGCGGCCGUCGGAACGCAGCUGAGGGGAGAGACCACUAGGCUUUGGGGAAAGGGGAGGCCCUAGGGAGAGACCACUUAGGACGCGGGAGCGGGGAGGAAGCGGGUAUCUGGGGGAAAGAGGGGAGCGAGCGUCUCCUGUGAGGGGCGCCUGGGCGAUACCAUUGCGAGUCUGGGCGCGGGGGGAGGACAGAUAUCUCAGGGAGGAACCAUUUCCUGGCCGGGGGCGGGCAAACUGCCUCUAACGGCCCCAUUUGCUAAUUAAAUUGGGGCAGAAAGAGCUUUAUUAAAGGGAGGAGGGUAUUGUUGAGUGUGUGUGUGGGGUGUGUUUGUGUGGGGGGUUAAUAAGGGUCUGAUUUGGAUCAGUUUUUCAGUCAGAACUGGGGAGGGUCAUUAGCCUGAGCGAGGCCAUCUUUGUUUGUAGAAGAGGAUUCUGGGUAACGGGGGUAUUGUUGUGGGUCUGAGUGUGAGUUGUGCCUCUCUCUGUGUGUGUUAAUAGAGGGCUGUUUUGGGUCAGGAUUUCAGUCAGGACUGGGAAAAGUAUUUAGCCUGAGUGAGGCCAUCUUUGUAGAAGGGGAUUCUGGGUAAAAGGGGUUUUGUGUGUGUGUGUGGUGUGGCUGUGUAUCUGUGGGUUCAUAGGGAGCUCUGUUGGGUCAGGUUUUUACUCAGAACCCGGGAGUGUGGUUAGCCUGAGUGAAGCCAUCUUUGUUUUUUAGAGGGGAUUCUGGGUAAAGGAGGGGGCAGUUGGUUUGGCAAAGUAAAGGGGGCAUUUGGGUUAGUUGUGGGCAGCUAAAGACUGCCACCGCCGCUGCUGCCUGCCUUCCUGUUCGCUCAGAUGUGCGCACCUGUCCUGCAGCCUCCUCCUCAGGAGAGAUUGGGCCUCCAAUCUGGAUUAUCAAAGCCUAAUCUGGAUUAACUGCAUCUCCUUGGGAUCCUUUCCUUGGAGUCCCUGUGCUUCGGGAAGCAAAGCCGACUGAGGCGGAGGGGGGGGGGGGGGGCUUUGCUUGAGGAAUAAUAACAAUAACAAUUCAGCCUCCUAGGACUCUUCCAGCCAGAGCCCCAUCUGGCUUUUCCGUCUCCUUCCGUCUCUCUUCCAACGGGAACGAAAGCAGAGAUUAAAGGGCCAAAAGAGCCAACAAUUUAGCUUUUGGAAACUUAACCAGCCUUGUUCCUGGAACAGAGGAGACCUUCCUGCAGUCUUUUGGGAUAUAAGGAAUUCCAGGAACUGCUUGAGAAAAGCGUUGCCUCCUUGCUGAGGGAGAAUCCGGACGUCUUCCCCGUUUGGGAACUGAUGUCGAGGGGGAGCUGACAUUUGGGAAUUACCUCCGGGGCCGUCUUUUCCUGAGCAAACCAUGGAUGUGUGGUCCAGAAUAGCCGUCUGGAUCCUGUGUGGCUUCCUUCUGCAGCAAGGACACGGGGACCGGGCCCCAGGCACCCACCUGGACGAGGCCACCAUUGCAGAGUUCUGCCGCAUCGACCAGCCCUUGUGCCAGAAUGAGGACGAGCAGCUCAGCUUCGAGGCUGUCCGGAACAUCCACAAGCAGAUGGACGACGAUGCCAACGGCAACGUAGACGUGGAGGAGAGUGAUGAGUUCCUGAGGGAAGACUUGAACUACCACGACCCAACAGUCAAGCACAGCACUUUCCAUGGGGAGGACAAGCUCAUCAGUGUGGAGGAUCUUUGGAAGGCCUGGAAAGCCUCCGAAGUUUACAACUGGACGGUCGAUGAGGUUGUGCAGUGGCUGAUCACUUAUGUAGAGCUGCCACAGUAUGAAGAAACCUUCAGGAAGCUGCAGCUCACUGGGCAUGCCAUGCCAAGGUUGGCAAUAACCAAUGCCACCAUGACCGGAACUGUCCUGAAGAUGACCGACAGGAGCCACCGGCAGAAGCUGCAACUCAAAGCCUUGGAUACCGUCCUGUUUGGGCCUCCCCUCCUGACACGCCACAAUCACUUGAAAGACUUCAUGCUGGUGGUGUCCAUUGUGAUCGGUGUGGGUGGCUGCUGGUUUGCUUACAUCCAGAACCGCUACUCCAAAGAGCACAUGAAGAAGAUGAUGAAGGACCUGGAGGGCCUCCAUAGAGCUGAACAAAGCCUCCACGACCUCCAGGAGAGGCUCCAGAAGGCCCAAGAGGAGCAUCGCACAGUCGAGGUGGAGAAGGUCUCCCUGGAGAAGCGGCUCCAGGACGAGAUCAGCAUGGCCAAACAGGAGGCUCACCGACUCAGGGAGCUGCGGGAGGGCACCGAGAACGAGCUCAGCCGACAGAAGUAUGCCGAGCAAGAGCUGGAACAGGUCCGCAUGGCGCUCAAGAAUGCAGAGAAGGAGCUGGAGUCGCACAGCAGCUGGGCUGCCCCAGAGGCCCUGCAGAAGUGGCUGCAGCUGACCCAUGAGGUAGAGGUCCAGUACUACAACAUCAAGAAGCAAAACGCUGAGAAGCAGCUGCUGCUGGCCAAGGAGGGGGCUGAGAAAAUAAAGAAGAAACGCAACACCCUCUUUGGAACAUUCCAUGUAGCGCACAGCUCGUCCCUGGACGACGUGGAUCAUAAAAUCUUAACGGCCAAGCAGGCCCUGAGUGAGGUGACGGCCGCCUUACGAGAGCGUCUCCACCGCUGGCAGCAGAUCGAGAUGCUGUGUGGCUUCCAGAUUGUCAACAACCCGGGCAUCCACACGCUGGUGGCUGCCCUCAACAUCGACCCUGCCUGGGUGGGCUCCUCCACCCGGGCCAACACCUCUCACUUCAUCAUGACCGACGACGUGGAUGACCUCGAUGAGGAGAUUGUUUCCCCCAUGUCCAUGCAAUCCCCUGCCUUGCCCAGCAGCAUUCGCCAACGUCUCGUGGACCCACAGCUCUCCAUGGGAUCCCAGAGGUUGGUAGAGAGUCACCAGCCCCCUGGCCAGGGCGAGUCAGGCCAGCUGGUCCAUUACCUGCCCGGUGGCAGGGUCACCCUGCGCCGAAUGCCCAGCAUCUCUGGCGGGCAGCCCUUCAGCUCGGACGUCCACGCCGCUGCCAACACGGCCUCACCCUCUUGCUCCCCCACUGGGCACAUGGCGACCUCUGCCUCUCCUUGCCACACGCUCCCUAUCCUCUACCACCACACCUCUUCCUCUUACAUCCUCCAGAUGGAUGCCCUGCCCCCUCCUGACGUCACCUCUGGGACCCGAUGUCGCGCUGAGAGCUUCGGAGACCUCUCCCGCUCGGACUCCGACUCCUCCAUCCCUCACAUGAGUGACAACCAGCGCAUCUCCAGCUCAGCCCCCAAGCUGUUGCCCCCCAGGCCAGCCCUGCUGAACAAGUCCAUGGAGGAGGUGGGAGCCUCCAGCCUCCUGGCCCUCGGGGCCCUUUCCCCCAGCAGCAGCUGCAAUAGGCACGUGGAGGCAUCUUCCCUGCCAGAGCAGCUCCCAGAAAGCCCCAUCAUCAUGAAGAAAGCGAUGAUGCUCAACCAUGGCCUGGAGAAGUCCACCAGCCUGGGGGAGAUCUCUCACUCAGUGGCGGUAACAGCAGGAGGCGGUGGAUCGCGGCACAGCCACUCCGACUCCUCACGCUCCCACAGCCCCAGCUCCACGGAGCCCGACACCCCCUCGCCCACUUCGGAGGGGCGUCCCAACAGCCUGGGAAAAAGCAAUAGCCGCAUUCCACACCUAGCCUCCAAGAAGAGCGGGGCAGCGACGGCGGGGGGUGAGGAAGACAGCGGCUCCACGGGCGAGGAAACCGACUCAGGCCCCGGCAAGAAGAAGUUCCCCCUCAAGAUCUUCAAGAAGCCCAAGAAAUAGCCAGGGGGAAGAAGGAAGGAAGGAGGGGAGAAAGAAGCUCCCCACCCCUGGGACAGGAGCCCCUUCUCUGUGAAAGGGGCGACGGGAGGGGGGCACCACCUCACAGGUGUGCCUCUCUGCCCCCAGAGCACCUUAUGGGGAGGGGCAAGUGCCCACCUGCCCACGGACCCCUCUCCCUCCCCCUUCCCGGCUGCCGCGGCUGGAGAAGCCAAGAAAGGCCUAUUUAUUUUUAUUUUUCGGUGACCCUGGCCUGCCCCACAAUUCUCCAGCUCCAGUGACCUUUGCUUUUGCUGCUUUCCUGCCACUGCUGCUGUUGCGCAUGGCUUUGCCUCAUUCCCCCCCCCCCCCCCCCCCCC